AUGGCUCCUUUUCCCGACGAGGUGGAUGUUUUCACUGGCCCACACUGGCGAAUGAAACAGUUGGUGGGACUUUACUGCGAGAAGGUCUGUAUGAAGGAAUAUGAAUUUGCCCAAUUAACGUUAGCUAUGUAGCUAGCUAGCAUGCUGCCUGACAUUUGUUACGCAGUGGUUAGCUAGCUAGUCUGAGUAAUGGGUGUGUUUUUGGCAUAGUUGUUAUGUCCGUCGCUGGCUAACUACCUAGUUGGGGUAUGUCUCAACCAGCAUCUUAGCCGUCUAGCAAGGUAACGUUAAUCACAUGAUACUUUAGCCAACUUGGAUAGCAAACAGUUCUAGCUAGUUAGUUACGUGGAUUGACCAGUCUGAAGUUUGCGAGCCACUUUGUUGUUAUGCAACACGUUAUGCUAGCUAGCAGGGUUGGAGGGUACCUUCUAAUGAAAUGUAAUCCGUUACUGUUAGUUACUGACGUUAGUUAACGUUACCUGUCCAAAAUUGUAACCAGUAACGUCAUUUUUGGAUUACCCAAACUCAGAAACUUAAUAUGAUUACUUUCCCCGUAAGAGGCAUUAGAAGAAGACUAAAAGGAUCCAUCAAACGCAUUUAGUGUGGAGUGUGGUCUAAAUUGUGGUGAGACUCGCUCAGGUGGAACAAACGAUACAUUAGCGCUUUUUUUCAAUGGUGAUUUUAAUGUAAACAGAAAGGUGUCAUAAUGUAUUUUUUCUCACACAUCAUUUCUGAAUUUAAAAGUAAUCCAAUAAGUAAUUAUUUCGUUUUUCUAAAGUAUCUAAUCUGAUUACAAUAUUUUUGUUGUAAUGUAACUGAUUACAGUUCGUUUGUUUGUGAUUACUUUACUCCCAAUGAUGUAUUUAACCCCUGGAUUGCAUAUAAACCCUGGAUUGCUAAUGCUAUGUGUUGGCCAGUGAGAGGCUUUGGAAGCCACCUGUCGGCCAUAUUGGCACUCCCCAGGAGCAGUCCUCCAUAGGAAUGAAUGGAAUUCUACAGUAUUUCAAUUCAAUGUUUCAAGGGCAAAGUUACAUGUAUAUAGUGGGGACAGUAACAUAACUUUCAAAAAAUUAUACUUUAGGGAAAAUGUUUGUAUAUAUUGUCUCUCUUAUUUUUAUGUUUAACUCACAAUAUGAUUUAUUUAGUAUUUAUAAAAAACUAUGCAUCUGUAAUAGAAUACAUAUGACAACAACAAAUGUAGACAUUAAUAAAUGCAUUUCUAUAGCUUUCAAAAAAAAAAUACACUGGUGCCAAGAUGGAGGCGUGGUGCUUUCAAAACAGCGCCCUCUGUUAGUCAUCUAGCGUAUAUAUAAAUUAUUGGUUCUCCCCAACUCUGCUAGCCAGCUACUACGCAGUACAGUGGCUAACUAACUAUAUUGUUUCCCCAGAUUUUACCUAAUGUCACAUAACUUGGCAUGAGCAAAACACUGUCAAAUUGGUGCACAACUUAAUUAAUGCGAACAGCAGAAUGAACAACGAUCCUUCCUCACCGACCUGUCAAAAGAAUGAGGAGAUGGCUGCCAUUUUUACGGGCUCUUAACCAAUUGUACUAUUUUGUGUGUUUUUUCACGUUAUUUGUAACUAACUUAUUUUGUACAUAAUGUUUCUGCCACUAUCCCUUAUGACUGAAAGUAGCUUCUGGAUAUCAGGACAGCGAUUACUCACCUCGUACUGGAUGAAGAUUUUUUUCUUUAACGAGUUGGACGCAAAGGAUUUCCCCGUCAUUUGCAUGAGAAAGAGACAGAGAUAUCAGGGACGUAGGUUGGGGUGCCUUGUAAGGAUCUGAUGGCGAGUGGGUAAUCUGCCUCUACCAUCAGUCCUAUUAGCCAACGUACAAUCAUUGGAUAACAAAAUAGACAAACUACGAUCACGGAUAUCCUACCAACGGGACAUUAAACUGUAAUAUCUUAUCUUUCACCGAGUCGUGGCUGAACGACGACAUGGAUAACAUCCAGAUGCCGGGAUAUACACUGCAUCGGCAAGAUAGAACAGCUGCCUCCGGUAAGACAAGGGGUGACGGUCUGUGUAUAUUACUAAACAACAGCUGCUGCACGAAAUCUAAUAUUAAGGAAGUCUCGAGGUUUUGCUCGCUUGAGGUAGAGUAUCUCAUGAUAAGCUGUAGACCACACUAUUUACCAAGAGUUUUCAUUUAUAUUUUUCGUAGCUGUCUAUUUACCACCACAAACCGAUGCUGGCGCUAAGAUCGCACUCAAUGAGCUGUAUAAGGCCAUAAGCAAAAAGGAAAACGCUCAUCCAGAGGCGGCACUCCUAGUGGCCGGGUACUUUAAUGCAGGGAAACUUAAAUAAGUUUUACCUCAUUUCUACCAGCAUGUUAAAUAUGCAACCAGGGGGGAAAAAAACUCUAGACCACCUUUACUCCACACACAGAGACGUGUACAAAGCUGUCCCUCGCCCUCCAUUUGGCAAAUCUGACCAUAACUCUAUCCUCCUGAUUCCUGCUUACAAGCAAAAACUAAAGCAGGAAGCACCAGUGACUCGGUCAAUAAAGAAGUGGUCAGAUGAAGCAGAUGCUAAGCUACAGGACUGUUUUGCUAGCACAGACUGGAAUAUGUUCCGGGAUUCUUCCGAUGGCAUUGAGGAGUAUACCACAUCAGUCACUGGCUUCAUCAAUAAGUGCAUCGACGACGUCGUCUCCACUGUGACCAUACGUACAUACCCCAACCAGAAGCCAUGGAUUACAGGCAACAUCCACACUGAGCUAAAGGGUAGAGCUGCCGCUUUCAAGGAGCGGGACUCUAACCUGGACGCUUAUAAGAAAUCCAGCUAUGCCUUCCGACGAACCAUCAAACAGGCAAAGCGUCAAUACAGGACUAAGAUUGAAUCGUACUACAUCGGCUCCGACGCUCGUCGGAUGUGGCAGGGCUUGCAAACUAUUACAGACUACAAAGGGAAGCACAGCCGUGAGCUGCCCAGUGACACGAGCCUACCAGACGAGCUAAAUUACUUUUAUGCUCGCUUCGAGGCAAGCAACACUGAAGCAUGCAUGAGAGCAUCAGCUGUUCUGGACGACUAUGUGAUCACAGAUGUAACACCUUUAGACAGGUCAACAUUCACAUGGCCGCAGGGCCAGAUGGAUUACCAGGACGUGUACUCCGAGCAUGCGCUGGCCAUCUGGCAAGUGUCUUCACUGACAUUUUCAACCUGUCCCUGACUGAGUCUGUAAUACCAACAUGUUUCAAGCAGACCAUCAUAGUCCCUGUGCCCAAGAACACUAAGGUAACCUGCCUAAAUGACUACUGACCCGUAGCACUCACGUCUGUAGCCAUGAAGUGCUUUGAAAGGCUGGUCAUGAUUCCCAUUAUCCCAUAUACCCUAGACCCACUCCAAUUUGCAUACCGCCCCAACAGAUCCACAGAUGAUGCAAUCUAUAUUGCACUCCACACUGCCCUUUCCCACCUGUACAAAAGGAACACCUAUGUGAGAAUGCUAUUAAAGGACUACAGCUCAGCGCUCAACACCAUAGUGCCCACAAAGCUCAUCACUAAGCUAAGGACCCUGGGACUAAAAACCCUCCUCUGCAACUGGAUCCUGGACUUCCUGAUGGGCAGCCCCCAGGUGGUAAGGAUAGGUAACAACACAUUUACCACGCUGAUCCUCAACAUGGGGGCCCCUCAGGGGUGUGUGCUCAGUCCCCUCCUGUACUCCCUGUUCACCCAUGACUGCAUGGCCAGGCAUGUCUCCAACACCAUCAUUAAGUUUGCCGACGACACAACAGUGUUAGGCCUGAUCACCGACAACGAUGAGACAGCCUAUAGGGAGGAGGUCAGAGAUCUGGCCGUGUGGUGCCAGGAUAACAACCUCUACCUCAACGUGAUCAAGACAAAGGAGAUGAUUGUGGACUACAGGAAAAAGAGGACCGAGCACGCCCCCAUUCUCAUCGACAGGGCUGUAGUGGAGCAGGUUGAGAGCUUCGAGUUCCUUGGUGUCCACAUCACCAACAAACUAUCAAGGUCCAAACACACCAAGACAGUCGUGAAGAGGGCAUGACAAAGCCUAGUCCCUCUCAGGAGACUGAAAAGAUUUGGCAUGGGUCCUCAGAUCCUCAGAAAGCUAUACAGCUGCACCAUCGUGAGCUUCCUGACUGGUUGCAUCACUGCCUGGUAUGGCAACUGCUCGGUCUCCAGAGGGUAGUGCGUACGGCCCAGUACAUCACUGGGGCCAAGCUUCCUGCCAUCCAGGACCUCUAUACCAGGCGGUGUCAGAGGAAGGCCCUAAAAAUUGUCAAAGACUCCAGCCACCCUAGUUAUAGACUCUUCUCUCUGCUACCGCACGGCAAGCGGUACCGGAGCGCCAAGUCUAGGUCCAAAAGGCUUCUUAACAGCUUCUACCCCUAAGCCAUAAGACUCCUGAACAGCUAAUCAAAUCGCUACCCAGACUAUUUGCAUUGUCCCCCCCUCUUUUACGCUGCUACUACUCUCUGUUUAUUAUCUAUGCAUAGUCACUUUAACUCUACCUACAUGUACAUAUUACCUCGACUAACCUGUGCCCCCGCACAUUGACUCUGUACCGGUACCCCCAGUAUAUAGCCUCGCUACUGUUAUUUUAUUGCUGCUCUUUAUUUUUUAUUGUAAUUUUUUUGUUAUCCAUUUUUUACUUAACACUUAUUUUUCUUAACUGCAUUGUUGGUUAAGGGCUUGUAAGUAAGCAUUUCACUCUAAGGUCUACACCUGUUGUAUUCGGCGCAUGUGACAAAUAACAUUUGAUUUGAUUUAUGAGGCUUGUUUUGGCCCAAGUUCCUCUCAUACAGGCAUGUCCACAAUUAUGUUGCUUAUUUGUUCAGGUCUGCAAGAUUAAAUAUAUUGUAGUUUACACACACACACACACACACACACCAAGGUGGUAGGUAGCCUAGUGGUUAGAAUGUUGGGCCAGUAACCGAAAGGUUGCUAGUUGGAAUCCCUGAGACAAGGUAAAAAUCUGUCACUGUGCCCUUGUGCAAGGCACUUGACUCUAAUUGCUCCAGGGUUGCCGUUGAUAUUGGCAAACCCUGGCCGAGGGUGUCUCAAGGAGAGUUGGGAUAUGCAAAAAAAUAACAUUUCCAAUUCACACAUGCGUAUUAAUACACACUUGUACAUGUGUGAAAUAGGAGAAAUAUAAGCACCCACCAAAUAAGAAUUAUUAUUACACACUUUGUUGAUUAGGAGCACACAGCUUUAUGCUUUUGCUAUUUGAGUAACUUUGACGUGUUAUUUCUCUCCAUUCUACCACAGCUGUCACAGACCAACUUCUCCAACAACAAUGACUUCCGCUCAUUUCUUCAGUCGCUUUGUGCCACCUUCAAGGAGUUCAAGAUGCAUGAACAGAUUGAGAAUGAGUACAUCAUCGGUCUGUUGCAGCAGCGCAGCUGCAAUGUGUAUAAUGUACACUCCGACAACAAGCUCUCAGAGAUGUUGUCCCUGUUUGAGAAAGGGCUGAGAAGCGUUAAGGUGACUCCACUAAUGAUAUCAGCAGAAGCACUGCCACUAACAUAAUGACAUGUAUGAAAAGGCUCUCAAAUAAUCGCUGUUGCUCUUGGGGCUUUGUGUUGCGUAUCACUGAGUCAUGUCCUUUUUAUGAAAUGGUACACUCUCCCUGUAGUGAUUCAGCCUACAGACUGGCAUGUAAUAUUACUACAACGAAAACAGUCUCUGAAUAGGGAAGGUCUUGCAUUCCUGUUAACUUUUUUAAAACUUUUAUGUUAGUGAAACUGAUGUUUCUAGACGCAACACAUAAUUGAACUAUAUGCCUCAAUUCAUGAAAAGGGAAAUGGUGAGGAAUUCUAUGGUACAUACAUGCAUUUUGAACAGAAAGAAAAUAAUUGAGAGAUCUUUUGAGUUCAUGGCAUUAUGUUGCUUGUAUACAAUUACGAUAUAUAUAUUUGGUGUUAGGAGGUACUUUAUUUGGUAGCAUGUAGGGAGCACCAAGCAGAACAUGCAUUACAUGGACCUGUGGACAUUGUUUAUAGACAGAAAAAUAUGUUUUUAGAGAGGUAGCCUAAUUUAAAAAGCUUUUGGAGAAAUAGAGAUACUGUGCUGGCCAUUUUCGGUUCCAUUUGGAUAAUUGAGGCAGAAUUGUUCCUGUGACCUACAUUGUUUUUUGCUCUAGAUUGCAGGAAACUGCAGUUACAGGUAUUCCUCAGCAGCACCACCUUGUUAAAAUAUCCUGGGUAGAACCUGGUCUGUCUCAAUCACAGUUUGCUAAAACACAAACGAAAAUUCCACUGUUUGGGCAGAAUUUUUCAAUCUCUACUUGGUCUUCAACCAGGAGAGGAAAUAAUGUUUUAAUUAAAGCUCUGAUAAACAAGACUGUAAAAAAUUUUGUAAAUGCUAUUAGAAGGCUUUUUGGUUUAGUCUCUCUGCAGAUUUGUUGAUGAAAGUGGAGGAAAACGUUUCUCAAUUAAAUCGAGGGUAUUUCAAGUUUAGCUUCAAACAUGUUUAUCUUCUUAUCCUACAAGGGAAAGUAUUUGUGUUUUACUGGUCUGUUGACUCUUGUAUGUUUGACAGUAUUGAUUUGGCAGAAGCGGAGGAUUGCUGGCAUUCUUAAGGGGAGUGAAUGACAGUCAGUUGUGUGAUGUGUAAUGUUUGAUAUCUUUGCAGAGUGAGUAUGAGCAGCUCAACUAUGCCCAGCAGCUGAAGGAAAGACUGGAGGCAUUCACACAGGACUUCUUACCCCACAUGAAGGAGGAGGAAGAG